UGUUGGAUACGAACGUACAGGAAGUAGCCAAAUCAGACCUGCUUUGCUUGCGAUCGUUGGUCGCAUGCCGUGAAAUAAGGGAACACUAAAGUGUUGUUACCGCUCUUUAAUUCAUGCAGGUGCAAUGGCGUACCUUCAGAAGAAAAUGUCUCUACCACAGUACACCUGUGUUAAUAAAGAAAUAUUCCUGCAGAAUAUUUAUCCACUGAGAAAACCAGUUAUACUGAAAGGCUUGGAUUUGGGAGACUGUAGAAGUAAAUGGACUGUGGAUUACAUGAGUAUUGCAGGCGGAAAUCAAGAGGUAAAAAUCCAUGUAUCGGAGGUGCAGCAUAUGGAUUUCAUGAAGAAGAACUUCAUAUACAGAACGCUACCAUUUGAUCAAUUUGUACAUAGAGCAGCUGAGAACAAGCACAAAGAGUACUUCAUCACUGAGGAUGAAAAGUAUUACCUCCGCUCCUUGGGUGACAACCCUCGAAGGGAUGUUGCUGACAUUAGACAACAGUUCCCGAAUCUGGCUGCUGACAUCCGGAUACCUCAGUUCUUUGAAAAGGACCAGUUCUACUCCAGUGUGUUCCGUAUCAGCUCUCCAGGACUUCAGCUCUGGACACACUAUGAUGUGAUGGAUAAUUUGCUUAUCCAGGUGACCGGCAAAAAACGAGUUGUUUUGUACAGUCCACAAGAUGCCCUGUAUUUGUAUCUGUCAGGAGAUAAAUCUGAAGUGUUAGAUGUGGAUAACCCAGAUUUAGUCAAAUAUCCCCUUUUUUCUCAAGCGAGACGCUAUGACUGCGUUUUGGAAGCAGGAGAUGUGCUUUUUAUUCCUGGUAAGAAUGGAUAUUUCUACCAUUUUUCUGUUGAGCAGAUUUAAAGGAUUGUCUUGUAGACCUGACCAGAGAAAAGAGGCAAACUAUACAAUUCAUGUCACGUGCAAGCUAAGUGAUUAGUGAAUAAUGUUGCUGAAAAUCAUCUAAAUAUUUCCCUUUUCUGCCAUUGGUAUACAGAUGUGAAAUGAUUACUGUGCCAUAGAGUCUAAGGUGGUACACCCUCAAUACACUACUUUGGAAUGUGUUGAGUUGGCCCAGGAAUAGCCUUGAGUUGAAAAGUUGCAUCCA